CACCUCAGACCCGUCUUGUAAAUUUUCGUUCUGCAUCACCUUGAGGUAUGCUGACAGUCAUCUUAGCCGUCUCCUCUGUUCCCCUUCUAAGGCGACAAGAACCCGAUGUAUCAUUCUCCAGACUUCCAGCCCCAGCGCAAUUCUCACUGUCGUUCAACCAGGGUUCAGACGCUCAAGUCGAUUCCUCUUCAGUCACCUCACCUCCCUCUCCAACUUCAUCAUCUUUACCAUCCUCAUUCUCACCUUCAACGUCUUCGAGUCCGUCGAUCUCUUCGGCCCCUGACGCCGUAGGAUUCCAUCUUAAUGCCGCUCCUUCUUUCGCUCCAUCCUCACCACCAUCCAGGACGGUCCGUACGCUCAUGGGGCCAAUAUACACGGAUGGAUCCCCGACAGUCUCCAUCGUCAAUGGGGAGCAAACGACAUUUGUGAGGUUCAAGAGCGGGUCAGGUAGGAGGUUAGACCGUGACAGGGCUCCGAGUUGGGCCAAGCGGAGUAUAGCGUUGAGCCUGAUGAUGAUUGUUAGUAUAUCAUGCACGUAGAUCUGGGAUCCCUUCUUCCUUUGAAUGGCUACGUGCAAUGGCCAAAGUGCCACAC